AUGGAGAGACGACGUGUACCAUGGCGAGCCGAUUCGCCCUGCACCUCGUCCUCGCGUCCUCGCAUCGCAGCCAUGCCGGGUGCUGCUCGGGCGGACUGUUGGGCCACUCAGGAGCCGGACAACGCCCGCAUCAUCGGGACACUCCCCCUCGAGCUGUUCAGAAACAUCGUCGCCCGGCUGUCGACCGUCGACUUGGGUGCCCUCCGUCUGACCUGCCGGGCCAUGGAGCGGCAGCUCUUUGGCGACUUUGUCGGCGAGUUCUUCGUGAAGAAGCAGUUCAUGAUUGCCAGAAUCAGCCUCGCGGCUCUCCGCGACAUCUCCAGGAGCCGGCUGGGUCCUCAUCUGCGCCGUUUGCACAUCGGCAUGGAGCACUUCCCCCCGGGCCGUUACCGGCCCAUCUCGGACGAGAAGGAGACCCGAUACUGGGCGCUCUACGCCGAGAGUUUUGCGCUGUGGGCCGCGGGUGGGUAUGAACGCAUGCUCGUGGAAGCCUUCCGUCACCUCCCCAACCUCGAGGACGUCGUCUUGCGCAGCUUCAACUCGCCAACCCGCUUCAGGGAUGACUCUGCGUGGAGGAGCUACGGAUCGACGACGAUAUUCAGGCAGACGGGCGUGCGUCUGCGCCAACCCACCAUCCACACGUGCCAGUCGAGCCUCUCGGUGCAGUACUGCAACCAGGUGACGGCCCUCGUCCUUCGCGCCCUCGGCACCGCCGGUUCCAAGCCAAAGGGGUUCCAAGUCUUGGCUAGGCCGGAGAGACGGCUGCGAGAAUACGACUUCAUCAUCCCACGCUGCCCCGAAGCCUCGACGCUGCCGGUGCUCGACAGCCUCGAGCGGCUGCACCUCUCGCUCGAUUUCCUGUGGAGUUCGGGGGCGGAUUUUGGCGUGUCCUGGAAUCGCGAGUACCUGACCAGCCGUUCGACGGCAUCGUUUGUGCGCAUACUCCUGCGCCACUGCCUGAACCUGCGAGAUCUGCGCAUCAGCGAGGCCUUUGCGACCUUUGAUGCCGACUUUUCCGCCGGUCGCUUUCUCCAGUGGCUAGGCGCCGGCACGGAUGAGGAGCCGCCGGCUCCGGCACUGCCCGGCCUGCAGGACCUCAGCCUCGACUUCAUGAACGUGCAGGCCGGAUAG